AGUACUUCCUUAUAUUGCUCCAGAAGUAUUACGUGGUAAACCAUAUACCAAAGGUGCUGAUAUAUAUUCUUUUGGUAUUAUUAUGUGGGAAAUGACUUCUGGAAUUCCUGCUUUUAAUAAUAUGCCUCACGAUCUUGAACUUGCCUUAAAGAUUUGUCGAGGAUUACGACCAGAACUUGUUGAAGUUCCAAAGAUUUUUGAUGAUACAAAGAAACAAAAGAUUUUUGAGGACUUGGAGAAAAAAUAUCUAGAAUUAAUGAAAAGAUGUUGGGAUUCUGAUUCUGGUAAAAGACCAACAUCUAAUGAACUAUUUAGAAAUUUUUCUGAAUGGUAUGGAUGUAUUCCAACCGAACCCAUACCAGAAUAAUUGAAAUUUCUGAAUGUUUAGAUGACUGUAUGAUUUAAAAUUUUAUAAAUGGCCGUCACGUAACUAUAUAUUUUCAUAUUUAUAAUUUAUUUAUUUAUUUAUUUUUUC